UGGAGAUGGUAUAUAUGCAAUUUCAUCAGAUCUGCGCGCGUCUGUGUGACUCUCUCGAUCUUGAACGCCUCAAUAAUACCGCGGAGUAUCGAGCUUUGACGUUUUCAUUAAGCUUUGGUCGCUCGUAGGAAUGGGACCGCGCGUCGAUCAGCCUGUGCAAUCCAUCGAGCUUGGCUCCAGCGCCAAACAGACAGACGGAAAUGGCGAGGCGAAAGGAGCUAAUUUCGAGGAAGCGAUCGCUGCCACCGGCUACGGAAAGUUCCAUUAUCUCUUGUAUCUGGCGAUAAUUCCUGCUUCCUGGUCUUCCGCGUUCGACACAUCGACGACAUCUAUGAUAAUACCGGCUUCGGAGUGUGACUUGAAUCUCAGCCUUUUUCAAAAGGGCAUACUCAAUGCCAUUGUUUACGCAGGUAUGGUCAGCAGUGCCUUGGUAUGGGGUUUUAUGGCAGAUGCCUUUGGAAGGAAACCCAUAGUGUUCUAUGGCUAUCUCAUCGACGGACUCCUAAAUGUACUGAGUGGGCUUUCCCAAAGCUUUUACGUUUUGGCGACUUUUAAGUUCCUAUCUGGAUUUGUUAUCAGCGGUCCUUACGCUUCGGUGUUGACGUACUGUGCUGAAUUUCACUGCACCAAGGAUAGACCAAGAGUAACCAUGUUCGUAGGGAUCCUUAUUGCCGCAGGGACCAUCAUUGGUUCGGUUUUGGCUUUGGUCAUCAUUCCACAAGACUGGUCAUUUGUGUACGGUAACUUCUACAUACGUUCGUGGCAAAUUUAUCUAGCAGUCAGUGGAUUACCUACCCUGGUCGGAACUCUCCUGCUGGGCUUCUUCCCAGAAAGUCCGAAAUUCCUCAUGAGUCAGGGCCGUAACGACGAGGCUCUUAAAAUAUUCAGAACGAUUUAUUCCGUCAAUUCGGGCGAAUCGAAGGAAAAUUAUCCAAUUCGAUUGCUCGAGAACGAGACUGCCAGCGGAUGCGCGUUGGAGUCGAAUCAGAUCGUUUUGAAACACAGAAGCCUCAAGGCUUGUGUGCACGAAGGGAUGAUGCAAAUGAAGCCACUGUUCAUAGGCUCGUACUUUCCUCGACUAAUGCUGGUGAUCACCAUUCAAUUUUGUGGGAUGUUAAGUAACAACACGAUUCGCUUAUGGCAGCCGCAGCUGUUCGCUAUCCUAGGACAGGACGGCGAAAAUAGCACUGAUGUCUCGUUCUGCGAUAUCAUCGACCAGUCCACGUUCUCUCAACUAGAUCAGAACAUUACAGAAAAUAUUAACGCGACGCAAUCUCUUACCUGCAUACGGAAAACAGUGGACAAUUCCGUGUACACUAACACAAUCAUCAUCUCGGCCUCGGCUCUGUUCUUCACGUUUCUGGGAGGAGCUCUCGUCAAUUUGAUCAGCAACAAGCACCUAAUGCUUAUAGGUUAUUUCGUCUCUGUGGCUUCAGCCAUCGUGCUGAACUGGUCCGAAAGCGUGAUGCUUACGCUGAUAUCGAUAAGUCUGUUCGUUGGCUGCUCCAGCGCAUCGGUGGUUCUGCUAAUAAGUAUCGUCGUAAACCUCUUUCCUACGACAAUGAGAACUAUGGCCGUCAGUUUAACAAUGAUGGUUGGCCGUAUCGGUUGUCUUCUCGGGAACAUAUUGUUUCCGGUAUUCCUGGAAUACGGCUGCAUCGUAGCUAUAUUGACGUUGGCUGGACUGUCUUUGGCAUCUUUCGUACUAGGGUUGAUAAUCCCAAGAGCUAAGGAUAACGUAAAAUGAGGACUGCGCAAAACAACGAUGAAGAAUAUGAUCAUGUGAUAUUUACGACGAGAUACAGUAGAACAAACAGGUGUGCAAGUACCUUUUGUUCAUUCAGCUUUAUACAUUACAAGGAAUGAAGGCGCGCUUCGCGCGCUCUUGAUUCUAUCUCUGUCUAAUAACACUGGUAGAAAAUCUACCAUAAGUGUUGGGCGGCACACUAACGUCUGCUAAUAUUUUAUAAGCAUGUAACAUGUUACUAAAUCCCUCAAAACUAUUUUUUAAUAAAUAUAUUAAUAAUGCUCAA